GAUUGGCGCUCUAUAUAGCGUCUGGGGUGCGAAGUAACAUUGUACAUGCACCAGGGUUGUUCAAUAGCAGGCGGUGCAACGCUCCUUCUGCAGGAGGGAACACAGCCAUGAGGACUGCGGUGCUCAUCUUAGCCUUCAUUUGGUGCGUCACAGCCCAAGAUGAAUGCAACGCUCGUCAGGAGGCAUAUGGCAUAGUGUGUGUCUGUGAUGCCUCUUACUGCGACCAGCCGGGCAUUAUCGACUUCCCUGCGGAAGGCAGCUUCACCCUCGUCACCACCAACGAGGCAGGUCUCAGGUUCAAGGUGGAGACCUUCCCCGUCUCCAGCGAGGAAACACCUGAUGCUGUGGUGGUAACAGUGAACCCAGGGGAUGCGUACCAGACCAUUAUUGGCUUCGGUGGUUCUUUUACCGACGCCACAGGUAUGAACGUCGUUGGUCUCCCGCCAGACGCCCAGGAGUACUUUCUCAAAUCCUACUUUGCUCCUGAAGGACUAAGAUACAACCUGUGUCGCAUCCCCAUCGCUGGCUGCGACUUCUCUCCCAGACCCUACUCUUACGACGACGUGGAAGGCGAUGUGGACCUUGUAUACUGGAGUCUAACUGACGAGGAUUACAACUACAAGAUCCCGUUGAUCCUGCGCGCCAAGGAGCUGUCGGAGCUACCGGUGAAGCUGUUCGGGUCACCCUGGUCCUCGCCGACCUGGAUGAAGACCAACGGCAUGUUCAACGGGUCAGGAAUAUUGCUGAAGGAGAUGUGGCAGCCCUGGGCCAAUUAUAUCGUCAAGUUCGUAGAGGCGUAUGAAGCAGAGGGAGCCGAGAUGUGGGGCCUCACCCCCCAGAAUGAACCGCUCUGUUACGAGUCAGAUUGGGCCAUUAACUGCUUAGGCUGGUCUGCUGAGGACAUGCGAGACUGGCUCAAGGGUAACUUGGGGCCCACGCUGGAGGCUGCUGGGAUGCGACGUCUAAAGAUGAUGGUUGAUGACUUCAACAGGGACACUCUUCCCUGGUACGUCGUGCCGAUGCUGGACGACCCUGACUGUGCUAAGUACAUAGACGGUACAGCGGUCCACUGGUACUCUGACAGGUUCGUGAGCGCUGAUGUUCUGGACCAGACCCAGGCGCUCUCUCCAGAGAGAUUUCUUCUUUACACCGAGGCUUGUCAAGGUGUCUUCGACACGGGCCACAAGAACGUGUACAUAGGCUCGUGGGAUCGUGUCGAAGAAUACGUCCACUACAUGAUAGAGGACAUUAACCACUACUCGGCGGGCUGGGUUGACUGGAACAUGGCGGUCAACAGGAAUGGAGGACCAACCUGGACUCAUGGAUCCCUUGACGCUCCCAUCAUCGUGGACGUUAAUGCAGGAGAGUUCUACAAGCAGCCAAUGUUCUAUGGACUUGGUCACUUCAGCAAGUUCGUGGUCCCUGAUGCUAAGCGCAUAUACUCCGCCACCUCCAGUGUUGACGUGGAAACUGUCGCCUUCACCGACCCGUCAGGACGCACCGUUGUCGUUGCUCUCAACAAAGGUGAUGUUGAAGUGAAUGUAUCUGUGAAUGAUGGAUCCGGCAAUUUCCUCAACUACAUUAUGCCUCCCAAGGCUAUACAGACCAUCCUUUACUAGUAACCUGCUGGACUUUCAACCUUUACUAGUAACCUGCUGGACUUUCCACCUUUACCAGUAUCCUGCUGGACAUUCAGCCUUUACUAGUAACCUGCUGAACUUUCAACCUUUGCUAGUAAUCUACUGGACUUGAAUCCUGCAAGAACAUCCCGUCCUAUCAUCAACUAAGAACGCACAGAUGGUUCCUUUCCAUUGUGAGGAAUGGAACCGCACUCCUCCGUACAGAUUACGCUUCUGUUCCAGAUAAUUUUUCAUGACGAAUGCACCAGAACAGGCAGCUUCCAGCCUCAGUAAGCUAAAAUAAACAAAAUUUCACGUA